AUGCCUAAACGGUUCAGACGUCGUUCUCAAUGUAAUUCUCUGAAUCAAAGACGUUAUUCACAGGAAAGUUUAAAUACUGAAAGUGGUAGUUCUGCGUCUGAUGAGGAACUACAGAUGGAAUUUGAGACCAAUGAAGAUCAACAGCCAUUGAAUUUCAAUGACAAAGUAAUUCUCAAAGAUAUUUCUGAUUUAUUCGAAUUAUGUAAAUCGAAAUGUCCAUCAAAAUAUAUCAGUGUGUUGUUAUAUAUGUCAAUGCGUCAUUUUGGGGUUAAAUGGAAAGAUUGUAAUGAUUUCUUAAGUGAACUUGGAGGGCUAACUAGUCAAACAGCUGAUAAAUGA